AUGGCCUCUAAGGAUGAACCUGCUGCUGGGGACAAGCUGGAGGCACGAGGGAGGGUACCCUCCUCCACGCCCACACCCCGCUUCUCCUGCAGAUGGGUUUUUGGGCUUAUUCCCAUCAAGGAAGCUGGGCUAGGGCAGCACCUGUGCCAUGCUGGUGCAAUGGCCUGCAGGGCCCCAGAGGUAGGUGCGGGGGAUGCCCGGCGGGCCUCCCGAGCCCGAGGGGAACGUCGGAGACACACCAUCACCAACGGCGUGGACUGUGGCCUGCUGAAGCAGAUGAAGGAGCUGGAGCAGGAGAAGGAGGUGCUGCUGCAGGGUCUCGACAUGAUGGCCCGGGGCCGUGACUGGUACCAGCAGCAGCUGCAGCGCGUGCAGGAGCGCCAGCGCCGUCUGAGCCAGAGCAGAGCCAGUAUCGACUUUGGGGCUGCAGGGAGCCCCCGCUCUCUAGGGCACCUGCUGCCUAAAGUACAGGAGGUGGCCCGAUGCCUGGGGGAGCUGCUAACUGCAGCCUGCGCCGGCAGGGCUCCACCCUCCUCCUCCUUGGGGCCCCCAUGCCCUGCCCUGGCCCCUGCCUCGCCCUCAGCCCCCGGCUGGCAGCAGCAGACUGUUCUCAUGCUCAAAGAGCAGAACCGCCUUCUCACCCAGGAGGUGACCGACAAGAGCGAGCGCAUCACCCAGCUGGAGCAGGAGAAGUCGGCCCUCAUCAAGCAGCUGUUUGAGGCCCGAGCUCUGAGCCAGCAGGACGCUGGGCCUCUGGACUCCACCUUCAUCUAGCCGUAUGUGUGCACAGAGAGGCCCCUCGGGCCUGGCCGGCCCUCAGCCCUGGGCAGGCACCUGCCUGAGCCCAGUCUCUCUGGCCGAAGACCACCCGGCUAGCCUCCCUCCUCCCAGGGAACUGCGCUACCCCGAGGCCUGGCCCAGGCUGGCCGGUGCCUCAGACACUGACUCUUCUGGCCUCGGGUGCUGACUAGGGGCCAGGCUCCGUCGCGCGGCCACGGCUUGAAGCUGCUACUGUCCUUGUCAGU